AUGGAUAGCACCACUCCAACUGUGUGGCUCGUCUCCGGUGCGAAUCGAGGAAUUGGUUUGGGAAUCGUCACAGUGCUUGCGGCGAAACCGGACACCGUCGUCUUUGUCGGCGCGCGCAACCCGUCCGCUGCCAAGGAUCUGCACGCCCUGGCGGACAAAUAUCCCGGGAAGCUGCACGUCGUGAAGCUGGUCUCUGGAGAUCGGCAGGGUAACGACGCAGCGGUGGAGGAAAUCAAGCGGCUGGCGGGCAGGUUGGACGUAGUGGUUGCCAACGCUGGUGUCUUAUCGUCGGUCAAUAGGGUGUUGGACGAGUCUCCGGAAGCUGUCAGGGAGCACAUGGAGGUCAAUUUGAUCGGCACGCUGGUGCUGUUCCAGGCAACCUAUCCGCUGCUCCUUGCGAGCACCAAGUCACCUAAAUUUAUCCCCAUCACCUCGUUUGGCGGAAGCAUAGCUCUUUCCCCGCCGGUUCCUAUGAAGCUCUUCUCCUACUGCGCGAGCAAGGCCGCCCUGAACUGGAUGGCGCGCAAGUUGCACUCCGAGCACGAGAGAGACGGCCUCGUUGUGUUCCCGCUCAACCCCGGUGCGGUGGAUACCGAGAUGUCUGUCACGGCGCGCCAGGGCGAAACGCUAGCUCACGUUGAGUUCGUCCCAGCAGAAGUCGUCGCUGGCCAAAUCGUCAAUACGAUCGAAGAGGCCACGCGCGAGAGCGCCGGAGGCCAGUUCCUGGACUACGACGGAAAGCGUUUGGAGUGGUAGAUUAUGGAAGACGAGCUCAUGGCACGGUCCAGAAAUUAUUGGCUAGACAGAAUACUGCGAUUGUUGUUAUGGUAGUCCC